CUUCGCUUCAGCAACGUGAUGGCGGACGACGCGCGCGGCUGGCGCUACAACCGCGCCUGGUACGAGGUGCGCCGCUCGGGCCUCUACUACCUCACCUUCCACGGCCUCUCGCGGCCCGAGCGGACGCUGACAUUGGCCGUGUUUAGAAACAACGAGGAGCUGUUUACGGGGUACGGCAGUGGUUUGGACUACAGCACGGCGAGCAACGCGGGCAUCGCCUACCUGAAUCGCGGCGACCGUAUCCAGCUGAGGAUAAUUGACGGCUCAAUCCACGAAUCCAGCCACCCUGUGCGCAGCUACGUCACACUUAGUGGCUUCAGGGUCGGCGGCGGCACCGGCGGCAUUGGCACCGGCAUCACCGGCAUCGGCACCGGCAUCGGCACCGGCAUCGGCGGCGUCACCGGUGGCAUCGGUGGCAUCGGCGGCGUCACCGGCGGCAGCAUCUUCCCCUCGCGGCCGGGCACCACGGCCUUCAGCGGCAGCCCGAUCAGCCCAGUGGGCGUGCUAUCGUCGCCGGGCGUGACCUCGACAGCGGCCUUCCUGCCGCCGCCGGCCAGCUCGGCCACCGACGGCGACACCUUCCUGCCGCUGGACAUCGACGUCCAGGGGCCCGCCUGA